GCGCGCCUGUGCAGGGCCGGCGCGCACAGGCUGCUCCGGGAGCCGCCGCCGCAGGGCCGGGCGCUGGGCGGGCUGCUGCGCUGGGUGGGCGCCAGGAUGGGCGAGCCCCGGGCGCCGCUGGUCCCCGACGCCCCCGCCGCGGACCCCGGCCCCGCCGCGCCGCGCGGGGGCACCGCCGUCAUCCUGGACAUUUUCCGACGUGCGGACAAAAAUGAUGACGGGAAGCUGUCCUUGGAGGAAUUCCAGCUCUUCUUCGCCGAUGGCGUCCUCAACGAGAAGGAGCUGGAGGACCUCUUCCACACCAUCGACUCCGACAACACCAACCACGUGGACACCAAGGAGCUGUGUGAUUAUUUUGUGGACCACAUGGGAGACUACGAGGAUGUCUUGGCGUCCUUGGAGACACUGAAUCACUCUGUCCUGAAGGCCAUGGGCUACACCAAGAAGGUGUAUGAGGGCGGGAGCAACGUGGACCAGUUUGUGACCCGCUUCCUCCUGAAGGAGACGGCCAAUCAGAUCCAGUCUCUGCUGAGCUCUGUGGAGAGUGCGGUGGAAGCCAUCGAAGAACAGACUAGCCAGAUCCGACAGAACCACGGCAAGCCCGACCACGGGGGCAUGGGCACCUGGUAUGGAAGCCCCUCUCCUCCCCAUGCCCCCAACCACAAGCUCAUGGCUGUGGAGCCAGGGAAGAGCCUGCCAUCUGUCACUGGGGACCCAAAGGAGGAGGGUCUAGAAGCCCAGAUCAGCCGGCUGGCAGAAUUGAUUGGGAGGCUGGAGAACAAGACACUGUGGUUUGACCUGCAGCAGCGCCUCUCGGAUGAAGAAGGCUCCAAUAGGCACCUGCAGCUUGUCCGGCAGGAGAUGGCCGUGUGCCCCGAGCAGCUGAGCGAGUUCCUGGACUCCCUGCGACAGUACUUGCGGGGCACCGCUGGAGUAGGGAGCUGCUUCCACAUUGCCGCUGUGAGGUUGUUGGACGGCUUCACCUUCGUCAUCUAUGAGUUCUGGGAGACAGAGGAGGCGUGGAAGAGGCACCUGCAGAGCCCCGUGUGCAAGGCAUUCCGGCACGUCAAGGUGGACACACUGCGCCAGCCGGAGGCCCUCUCCCGGAUCUCAGUGCCAGCCGCUUGGUGCACCGUGGGCCGAGACUGACCGCCGCUGAAGCUGUGGAGGCAG